CUCCUCCUCCUCAGUGUGCGCUUUAAAACAGUGGCGGAUUUCUCCUCCAGCAGGCAGAGCAGAGAGGAAGCAGCCUCCCUCAUCUUCUCCUCCCUGGGCAGCCUGACCAGAACCUCCUCCUCUUCACCCCCGGUGACCAGCAGAAACAGAGGAAGAGAAGGAGGAUAUGUUGACUCCUCAGAUCAGCGUGGCACUGAGCUCAGCGUCUUCUUGAUUCAUUAAAGGACAGACGUCUCCCUGUGGCCAGCGACCGUCUCAGGCAUCCAGGAGCUGAAGACCUCCUCUCCCACAGCCAUGGCCUUCACCCUGUCAGAGAUCAUGGCGGCCAGGCGGCAGCAGUCCCAGGCGCAGUCCCACGCUCAGAGGGGCGGCAGGGCGGCCGUGGAAGUGGACGAGUACAGCACCAACCCCACUCAGGCCUUCACCUUUUACAACAUCAACCAGGGACGCUUCCAGCCGCCGCACGUCCACAUGGUGGACCCGAUGCCCCACGACGCCCCCAAACCACCGGGCUACACCCGCUUUGUUUGUGUGUCGGACACUCAUUCGCGUACCGACGCCAUCCAGAUGCCCUACGGAGACGUCUUCAUCCACGCAGGAGACUUCACGGAGCUGGGCCUGCCCUCUGAGGUCAAGAAGUUCAACGACUGGCUGGGCACGCUGCCCUACGACAUUAAAAUCGUGAUUGCUGGAAACCACGAGCUGACCUUCGAUCAGGAGUUCAUGGCAGAUCUCAUCAAGCAGGACUUCUACUACUUCCCCUCAGCCUCUAAGCUGAAGCCUGAGAAUUAUGAGAACGUCCAGUCGCUGCUCACCAACUGCAUCUACCUGCAGGACUCGGAGGUCACGGUGCGAGGCUUCAGGAUCUACGGCUCUCCAUGGCAGCCUUGGUACUACGGCUGGGGCUUCAACCUACCGCGGGGCCAGGCUCUUCUGGACAAAUGGAACCAGAUUCCGGACAACACAGACAUCCUGGUGACACACUGCCCCCCACUGGGGUUUCUGGACUGGGUUCCUAAAAAGAUGCAGCGCGUCGGAUGCAUGGAGCUGCUCAACACGGUUCAGAGGAGGGUUCAGCCUAAAUUACACGUGUUUGGACACAUUCACGAAGGCUAUGGCAUGAUGACAGACGGCACCACCACGUUCAUCAACGCCUCGGCCUGCACCGUUAACUUCCUCCCCAUGAACCCCCCCAUCGUCUUCGACCUUCCCAACCCUAGAUCCACAUGACUAGAACAGACUGGACCCCAAAGCAGCGGUGGAGAGAAAGGGGCCCCAAACAGGCAGCUGCAUCUGCAGGGCUGUGCAGGUGGAGCCGUGUAGAUAUAAUCCAGGUGUGUUUCGGGACUGUGAGGGGGGCGGAUGAUGGACGCUUCCUCCGUCUCUCUGCGUUUCUCCAUCUGCCAUAAGCUGAUGGGGAACCUUCUCAUGCAGAGACGCCUUGAAAGGCAGACAUUUUCUACCAGCUCUGUGUCCUUCUGCUCUGACAAUCUGAGGCUGCUGAUGGAGGCAUGAAGACGCUGCUUCAUUCUAACAGACACUAAAACGGCCCCACUCCUCCUACUGCUCCUCCUGCUCCUCCUCAUCAUCAUCGUCGCUGCAGAGCUUUGGCUCAGCAGCUGUUGAACGUUUCGAACCCUCUGUCCCUUUUUUAAUCCCCCUGCCCUGUUAGACACUUCCUCUCCUCUCCUCUCCUCUCCUCUCCUCUCCUCUGUAAAGUUCCUCCAUUCAUGCUGUUUCUAUGCUGUGAUUUUACGCUGUACAUAUCAGUGGGUGCAGAAAGUAUUCAAACCCCUUUAACUUCUAGAAAUAAAAAUAAAAUGGCUGCAAUGACACAAGUGAGAAAUUUAAAGGGGUGUGAAUACCUUCCGUACCCACUGUAUCUGUGGUCGUUGCUCCUAAUAAUGUAAAUGCUUGUGGUGAUAUUUCCUCCUUCUGUUGGUCCAUAUCGACUGAUUAACUCUUUCAUGUCUUUUGUAUCUAAAUGGAGCUCAAAUGUUUUCAAUCUUUGGGUUUUUACGGCCCAGUGGUGGAGCUGAGCCUCUGUCCUCCGCUGCCCUCUUCCCUCCUCAGCACUUUACAACAUGUUGCACAACAGCCAGAAGGAAAGGUUUGUUUCUCUUGUUCCUCUCAGGCAUCCUGCCAGCAGACCAUUCUGCAGAACAGCUCCCACUUUAUUUCUGGACAACGUUCAGUCGCUACGAUUCUCUGGAGGAGCCCAGUUAUUCUGGUCCCUGUGAGGGUUAGAGUCGCCUUAUUAGAAAGGCUGGAGAGAGGAGCUGCUGCACAAGUGAGAGAGUCAGAAUCCAGAUGUUUUCUGCAGCCUUGGAUCUGAUUGGUGGCUGCAGGUUUGGACCAUCCGGCUUCUCUAACAGGCUGAAGAAACCGUCCUAAUGGGUCUAAUUAAUUGGUCAGUAGAAGCUGCUGCUGAGCUGAAGGUUACCGGCUCAGAACCAAAGCUGAUCUCUACAUUCCUCAGCUGGUCGAAAAACACCAACAAUGACCUGAGACACAGAAAAUAAUCUGACACCAGACACAGAAGAUCUCAGCGGUUCAGCAACUCGGCAUAAAAUCACAUUUUUUUUCUCAUAGUUGGAUUUUUACUGUUCUGUAGUGAAAUAUUAGAAAAAUGCUGAGAGCAGGGAAACGAUGACUUGACUGUAAUCUGGUUUUUAUCUAUUUACCAUCAUAAACAUGGAUAUUAAUGUCUUCUUAAUCCAGAUUAAGGCGAGGAGCCUUUGGUUAGGCUCCGCCCCCCUGGAUGCUGCCCAAACAAGUUAGAAAAACAUGUUUAAUUUAUAAUUCUUAUUGUAAAUUAAUUUAGUUUCGCUAAACAAACAUCAGAACCAAACUUUUCACUGGAAGUUAAUAUUUUGCUUGUUUCUAUCAAUGAAGGAACCUGAACUAAAAAUAGUAACAAUUUUAUUUUUUAUUUUUAAAUGAUAUUUUAUUCCUUUCAAACACUCAGAGUUCCUGUUCAGCAGUGGGUUAGUGGAACAGAUUAUGAAGGCUGACAGGAAGCUCCUGAGAUGGAAAGAAGGAAACGUUGGAAACUGGAGAAUGACUGAAAGGAGAAGGAUUUCAAAAUAAAACGUAGAAGAUGAAACUGAUCCCUGAUGACUUUCACAUUAAAAUGAUGCAUUAUUGAAUUAGAGGAAGUGAGAGAAAAACUUCCACGGGUUGAAAAAUCUUAAAUAGUUGAAACAAAGACCUUCAUGGAGCAGAUUAGAGCAGGAUGGAAUCAUUUAUUAUCAUUUAUAAGCUUCUCUGUCAGCUCUGUUGUUUAAAUUGAUGGUAUUUAUCUUUCUUAGAGACGUCAUGAGAAGCACCGAACCAACCAGAGACCAUUUCUAAGAUCCACGCUAACACUGCUCAGCUCAGAUAGCAAGUUUACCCAAUAUCACCAGCUGUGCUUAACCAGCUAAACUAACCUGAACCCAUAAAGUUAAACAUCCAGCAGGACUUUAGCUGCAAGGCAACAUCUUGGUGCAGAAAGAUGGAAGUUUGUUGAUUUCUUUCAAAAUAAUGAUUGGAAACGUCUGAGUGCCUUUAACGCAGCCAUGGUUGGCUCUAAAUAAACAGAUGAGCACGUUAGACGGUGGAGAGGUGGAGGUUAGGGCUGCUGCUCCAAAGAAUACAUCCAGAAAGAGAAAGUUUCCCCAAAGUCAAAGAUUGGCCUCCGUGGAACAUCCCAGGUCAGAAUCAAUGAUGAAAGUUCAAAACAACAUUUCAAAAACAUCUGGAUGAUCCCAAAGAAUCUGGAAGUCUGUGGAUAGACCUGACAGACGUGGCCUUUGAGAAGCCAAGUGUCCUUCCACAUCAGGUGGAGCUGACCUCAAGCAGACGAUCAG